AUGUAUUCACCACAGCAAGACUUCCAACUCGAACCAACUGGUCGCUUUUCACCUCCUAUGACUUCCAUGGGUACGCCACAUACCACAGUCGGAGCGGUCCCUGUCACACGUAAUAACCGAGUGUUCAACUCUUCCAAUAAUUUCAGCAUACACCAGAGACAAGACAGCUUUGGUGCUGCAUCCAUUGCAAUGAGUCCACCCAAUGUACCAUCCAGACACAGCAUGACAUUUGCAGAUGCAAACCAAAACUGGUUCGGAACGAGCUUAGAUUCCACAAGCUCGUCAUUCGGACAAUCUCCCAUCUUCCCCGGGCGAGAUUUCAUCGUAUCACCUUCAACCUCUUCAGGACACUUGGAAGGCGUCAAUGGUCAAGAAGAAGAAGGCCAACAGAGAAAUCUACAGGAAAUGUUUGAGAAGAGACGUCGGAGAAGAGAGUCUCACAAUGCAGUCGAACGAAAGCGAAGAGACAAUAUCAACGAGAGGAUUCAUGAACUGUGUAUGCUCUUGCCCGAACGUCUUUUGGAAACUGCACCCACAACCUCCAAUGUGAUGUCUGUAUCUACUCACCAAGGCGGAAUCAAUGCCAGGGCCAUCAACAAGGGUACUAUCCUAAAACUCUCUGUUGAUCACAUCAAAGAACUUCGCGAAGAAGUAUCCCGUUGCCAGCAUAGAAUGGCAGAGCUGGAGCAGCUUAUCGAAGCUGCCAAGAGAGGCGAAAUGAUACCGGAUAUCAAACCUAUCCGAGACGAUUGUACGAUACAAAGACACCCUCAUCAGAAUGAAAGCCACAAAGCUAUAUACCCUCAGAAUAACUCACAAUCAGUACAUUUGAUGGGCUCUGAUGGUCGUAGCCAUCAUGAACGUAUGGGAUCUUUUCAGUUCCAACAACAGUUUGGAAAUAUGCAAAUUAAAGGAUCUGAUGAGAAUAUUCAAUGA